CUACGGUCAAAGUAUUAAAUUAAAUGUUGUAAAUCAUUUACAAAUACAAGAAUUUGGUAAUUCAAUGAUAGUAGUUGGAAUGAUAAAAUUCCUACACCUGAUAAAUGGAAAAGAGGUUCCACACUAUAAACACGAAAAAAGUCAGGUAAUCCACACAAUGGAAAAGAACGAAAUUACACAAUUUGAAGGUUUUGAAAUAGACGGUCUUGAGAAGUUCCCUUUUUCUGGCAUCAAAGUCAUUGGAGCAAUACAUGUUGGACUAAGUGUCACGUGCAUGAUUCUAGGAAUAAUCAAUGUUGUGACCUUUGUAGUAAUGGAUGAAUCUCCAACAUUUACUGACAAAGCCUUAAAGGAAAAACAGGAACUAGCAAUGCAGAUCUCUAUAUCGUCUACGCCAAUGUGGUGUGGUAUAUGGUUCUGCAUGUGUGGUACUAUGGCGCUUAAUAUAUCAAGACAAAAGAAGUCUAGUAUUUACUGCUUUAAAAUGUCUUUCUUGAUACUGAGUAUUUUAUGUUCAGCGUUGUUUGGUCCUGCCUGCGCAUGUGUAAAUGCAUAUGAAGCUUUACUGCGACAUGGGCUUUACAGUACCGACUACAAAUGGCUGGUUCCGCUGCUUAUAGCAUUCUUUGCAUUCAAUGAAAUUGUAGUCAGUAUCAUAUCAGCGAUAGCGUGUUGCUGUUGUGCAACAUUAAAAGAAACAAAGGUAAGAGUGCUGUUGACGCCAAAUAUUCAAACACAGCAUAAACUAAUAAAACAAGAAUUCCAGACACGGCCUGGUAACCCACAUUUACAGCGAGACUACUUACAAGACAAUAGAGAUAUAUUUAGGAUCAUCAACAGAAAUCAACAGCGCAAUAUUGGUGAACAACCAAUGUUUAAAACACAUUCUAAGAAUAUAACAACACUAAGAUCAAAUUUUACAGCAGACCAUAUAAUAUAUAACAACAUUCCUGAUUAAUGCUGGAUGACAAAUCUGAUUUUGGCUUCAGAUUGAAUCCAAAAGAGUUUUUGGAACCGUUCUUUUCAUAAAAUAAUAUAAUUUUUUUAUAUAAAUAAAUUAUGUUGAUCCCUUU